CAGCCACAAACUGAAAAUUUAUCAGCAUUGUUUUUCAGUGACUCGACCAUAGAGAUAGAAGAGAGGAAAUAUGUCAAAGACGUUCACUCCUGAAACGAUAGAGACCAAAUCGGAAAUAUCCAAACGCCUGUUGGAUGUGAAAAAGAGGUCCGCCAAGACCUACACUCAGAUUGCGGAGGAGACUGGCCUCACCAAUGUCUACGUUGCUCAGUUGUUAAGACGCCAGGCCCAACUCAAACCAGAUACCUCCUCAAAGCUACGAGCUGCGCUGCCUGAACUCACUGACUCUCUGCUUGACGAGAUGACUAAACCACCCAUGAGGUCUUACCGCCCCGACCUGAUCCAAGAACCGACCGUUUACAGGUUGAAUGAAGCGGUUUUGCAUUUUGGUGAAAGCAUCAAGGAAAUUAUUAAUGAGGAGUUUGGUGAUGGCAUUAUGUCAGCCAUAGAUUUCUACUGCUCUGUUGAUAAAGUGAAAGGUGUGGAUGGAAAAGAUCGUGUUGUUGUGACAUUUGAUGGGAAGUAUUUGCCACAUACUGAGCAGAAGUUAGAGCACAUGGUUUCAAGACUAAGGCUGAAAGAAGUUAAUCAAUCCUGAUGUUGAUAUGGAUGCCAUGAACUCCUUGUCAUUGUUAAUGUGUGGAGGACCUAUGGAAGUAAGUCUUAUCUUAAUUUUUCAAAUGACGUGUAAGUACCUUGUAUCUUCUUUCUUGUACUUGGAUAGGGCUACUAAUGCUAGCCAAUGUUAAAUUGUUUCCAUGGUUAUGCAUAUUAUGGUUUGUAAAGGAAUAAAAGUUUGCAGAACUUUUAAUAAAUUUCACUGGCAUUGCAUGAUUAA